UAAAGGCCUUUGGAGCGCCCCCUCUCCCCUGCAAAUUAAGCAUUAUCAUGCUCUGCUGGGCAACCACACCAUCUGGGACAGACUAAAGAGGAUUUGGGGGCCCACAGAGGCUGUGGAGGCCCUGGACUUCAGCCCCAAAGUCCAGGUGUAAGAGCACCUCUGCUUUCACCCAGAUAAAGUUCCUUUCUUCUUUUUUUACGCAUGUAGUAGAUUUUUUUUGGGGGGGGGGUAAGUUAACCAGUAGGUACAGAAGGUUUUUUUCACCAUUGAACCAAUGCAAAUUCUUUGCCUUGGCAGUUAACAAUUAAUAUCAUUAACAGCCAGAGUGGUGUAAUGACUGGACCAAGAGACCAAAAUUCAAAUCCCCAUUCAGUCAUUCACUGGGUGACUUUGGGCCAGCUGCAUAUCUCUCAGCCUAACCUACCUCAAAGGGUUGUUGUGAGGAUAAAGAUAACCAGUCUGAAAGAUUGUCUGAGUCAUCUGAAAGCAAUAAGAUUAAAUUUUAGGACAAGACAAGAGACUACACAGGUCAUGGGAGGCAGUGCUACUUGAGAACUGGCCCAGACAGAAUUCACUACCAGAAGAAGUGUCCUGCUUCACGACAGGGCUGGCUGGCCCUGCUGAAACCUACAAUCCUUGAAAGAGACUGAAAACACGCCCUAUUGGAUGAUCUCUCUGGAUGCUGACAACCAGGACAUGAAGGGUGGAUUGCAGAAGCAGAGAGGAGGAGAGAUCUCCAGACACGAGAGGAGGUUAUAGGAAGAGGAGAAAAGCAAUGCUACAUCAAGGAUAUAGCUGAGAGAGACAGAGGAGAGGUGAUACCUGACGAGAGCCACAGGAGAAGGUCUCUGGCAGGCAGCGUAUUCAUCGCCAAGCCUGGGAAAGCGCUCCCUCAAAGAUCGGACCAAUGAACAUGUCAGUGUUGACUUUGCAAGAAUACGAAUUUGAAAAGCAGUUCAACGAGAAUGAAGCAAUUCAGUGGAUGCAAGAGAACUGGAAGAAAUCUUUCCUGUUUUCUGCUCUCUAUGCUGCCUUUAUAUUUGGUGGUCGGCAUGUAAUGAACAAACGAGCAAAAUUUGAACUGAGGAAACCACUAGUGCUCUGGUCCUUAAGCCUUGCAGUCUUCAGUAUAUUUGGUGCUGUUCGAACGGGUGCUUAUAUGCUGUACAUUUUGAUGACCAAAGGGCUGAAGCAGUCAGUUUGUGACCAGAGUUUUUACAAUGGACCAGUCAGCAAAUUCUGGGCUUAUGCAUUUGUGCUAAGCAAAGCACCAGAACUAGGAGAUACAAUAUUUAUUAUUCUUAGGAAACAGAAGCUCAUCUUCCUCCAUUGGUACCACCAUAUUACUGUACUGCUUUAUUCUUGGUACUCUUACAAGGACAUGGUAGCUGGUGGCGGCUGGUUUAUGACCAUGAAUUAUGGAGUGCAUGCCGUCAUGUACACUUACUAUGCCUUGCGGGCUGCUGGCUUCAGAGUGUCGCGCAAGUUUGCCAUGUUUAUCACGUUGUCGCAAAUCACACAGAUGUUCAUGGGCUGCAUCGUCAACUACCUGGUCUUCGCCUGGAUGCAGCAAGGCCAGUGCCACUCACACGUUUCCAACGUCGUAUGGUGUUCCCUCAUGUACCUCAGUUACUUUGUGCUCUUCUGCCAUUUCUUCUUUGAGGCAUACAUUGGCAAAACCAGAAAAGCAAGGAAGGCCGAGUAAAGCUAGAAAUGAGACAAAAGCAACAGCUCAGGUCAUCCAGAAAACAACAAACACAAAGAAACAAAUGGCACAAGGAAACAUUGAUCUAUGGUGCAACUAAACACUCAGCAGCUAAGGGACCGCUAGGUUUGUUCAAACCAGUAAGUUGAUGAUCCUGUCAUGGUGAGGACUCACUGAAUGAUCUUGCAUCUCAAAAGACUGCUGAUAAGGAAUCUUUCUUCUUGCAUCUAUCCACUCUUAAAACAAGCCACCCAGUUUUUAAAAAGGAAAGAAAAGCAAAAGAAGAUCAUGACUUUGCAAAAUAAAAUAUUAAAACUAAA